AUGUUGAGCUUAGUUGCGAGUAGUUAUGACAUUCGGAGAGCAGCGAUGCUGUGUUACGUAUUUCGUUUUGAGACGGUUGAAGAGUGUGGUGAUAAAUUACCAGCAGUGGUCUUGACAGAUUGUGCGGAGGAUGAUGUUUAUACAUUCAGUAUUUGUGUUGAUCUGAAUGAGUCUGAGGUUUGGUUAGAAUCAGGUUAUGAUGUGGCGGCAUGUGGGAAAGUUUCACCGUCGGCAGCAAAGACUUUUUUAGAAUUAGGUGCGAUAGCGGAUCCAUUGAAGGAUGUGAUUUUACGUUACAAGGUUCAUCGUGAAGAGGUUCCUGAUGAGUGGCUGCUUGAGGAUGAUGGACAUCCUGAAUUGACUGAUAUGGCUUGGGUCACUAAGCACGGUUGUUGGUUCCAAGUUAGCAGUCCCGUCUUGGAUGAUUAUGAAGACUUGGAUGAGGAACGAGAAUUUGAAAGCGUUAAGUUCAACUCCCUAAUACGCAAACUAGUUGAAACUAACACCCACGCUCUUGGAUUGGAAUUACACCAAGUAGACCAUGUUCUAGUCAUCGAAGUUGUAAAAGAAUGUUUGGGACGUUACUUACAUAUCCCCCCCGUCCAACGAUGGAUCCGAAGAUUUGAAGACGACCUUUAUUCAGAAACACUUCGCGAACACAUGUAUAUAAAGGCACAAGACGUUACUAAUCGAGUCUUCGAACUCUUUGACGCUAUCAAACCGGCACAAUUAAACGGAGAUGCUAUCCGCUCUUCCGAAGUCCGCUCUUCCGAAGUCCGCUCUUCCGAAGUCCGGUCCAUCGAGAAUUCAAGAUACCAAAAUGAGUCCGUUCAAAAUGAAGACAGGUGGGGUCCGAGAUACCAAGAUGCAACUGAGCGGAGCGAAGAGAAUUCAAGAUUCCGAGAUCGAGAUGAAUGCAGCGAGAACUUCGAACCUCGAGAUGCACUUGUCCAACGACCAGACUCGUUCGAUUACACCUCUGACGCAACAUACGAUGCUGAAAUCACUGCAGCAGGAGAAAUCACUGCAGCAGGAGAAAUCACUGCAGCAGGAGAAAUCACUGUUUCCAUUUUCCUAGAAGGACCUGAUCCUUACGUGCAUAUUGAAACCGAAAAAGACACACGAGUGAGAACAAGAACAAGAACCGCUAGAUUGAUUCGAAAUCAAACACCAUCCAGUCCAGUAGACGAAAGACGAAUCCAAAUAUUUACGGAACCUCCAUCAAAUCAUGCAGGAAGACCCACCAUCGCAAGAAGAAGGGCCGUGGUCAGAAGAGUCACAACCGAAAGGCGAAUCGAGUACGACGACGGGGCCAGAGGCCAAUGA